UUUCAUGAGAUCAGAACGUCCAUAUGUACCUCCAAGUGUCAACCACAAAAAUGUGGACCCGAUUAGCAGUAAUCAAUCUCUAACAUAUGAACACGAGAAUCGUUCCUUAGUAGUAGCAGUAAUAGUAAUAGUAUUGGAGGAUCGAAAUGAGCGGUGUCGGAAAGACGGUCUGCGUCACCGGAGCUUCGGGCUUUGUAGCUUCCAAUCUCGUCAAGCUUUUGCUUGAACAAGGAUACUCCGUCAAAGCCUCCGUUCGCUCUCCCAAUAAUCCAGCAAAAACAGAACAUUUGCUCAAACUAGAUGGAGCUAAGGAAAGGCUUCACUUAUUCAAAGCAGACCUACUUGAAGAAGGCUCCUUUGAUGCUGCCGUUAAUGGCUGCGAUGGUGUCUUUCAUACAGCUUCUCCUUUCUUAACUGCAGUCUCAGACCCACAGACUGAGUUGAUUGAACCAGCAUUGAAAGGAACACUUAAUGUUCUUGGUUCUUGUUCGAAAGCUUCAUCGGUUAAAAGAGUGGUUGUGACAUCCUCACUUGCUGCAGUUGCUUUUAAUACAAGGCCCAAGACUCCUGAAGUUGUAAUCGAUGAAACAUGGUUUUCUGAUCCGGAUUUUUGCAAGGAAAUGAAAUUAUGGUAUGUGUUGUCAAAAACUUUGGCUGAGGAGGCUGCAUGGAAAUUUGCAGAAGAAAAGGGUAUGGACAUAGUCACCAUAAACCCUGCAAUGGUCAUUGGUCCUUUGUUACAACCAACUCUUAACACUAGUGCAGAAUCUAUCGCGAAUCUAUUAAAAGGGUCAGAAACAUACUCAAACUCGAUUAGCGGGUGGGUUAACGUUAAGGAUGUUGCAAAUGCACACAUUCAAGCUUUUGAGAUCCCCUCAGCAAGUGGAAGAUAUUGUCUUGUUGAGAGUGUUGUUCACAAUUCUGAGUUAGUUCAAAUACUAAAAAAGCUUUACCCGUCUAGCCAACUUCCACAAAAGUGCGCUGAUGACAAGCCGUUUGCUCCUACUUUCCAAGUGUCCAAGGAAAAGGUGAAGAGCUUGGGAAUUGAGUACAUUCCCCUUGAGCAAAGCCUCAUGGAAACUGUGGAGAGUUUAAGGGAAAAGAACUUUGUGCAACUGUGAUCAUCUUCAGUGGCGGAGCGCUUGACCAAAAGUUCCGAGGGGGCGCAAAGUCAUGGGACCCAACUUAUAUAUUGUAUAAAUAUUUAGGCAAAAUAAUUGGGGGGACAAUCCUAUAUAAUUUUAAAAUUUUCGGACGAAAAAUAGGAAAUUUUACACUUCUAAUCGAAACAUUCGGGGGGGGGGGGGGGUUGCACCCCCCCACUUUACACUAAGCUCCGCCAUUGAUCAUCUUUAGCUCCAUAUUAUACAUAUAUUGUUGAGAGAUUUGUGUGUUUCUCAGUUGAUCAUGGUAUGUUAUCAAUAGAUUGGAUUGGUUUGUCUAUCGACUCCAUAUGGAUUGGUUAACACGUAAUUACUUGAAAAU